AUGGUUCAAGGCCUAACUCAAGUUAUCGCGAACGAUAACAAUCCACUACUUAAACUUCAUCGUUUUGAUCAAAAUCAAUCUCAACAUCAACAAGCUCAACCUCAAGGAAAGACGAGGAGAGUGCAGUAUAGAGGUGUUAGGCAAAGGCCAUGGGGCAAAUGGGCCGCUGAAAUAAGAGAUCCGAGCAAGGCUUCUCGCGUCUGGCUCGGAACCUUCGCAACCGCCGAAGCGGCCGCCUUAGCUUACGACGAAGCUGCUCUUAGGUUUAAAGGAAGCAAAGCAAAGCUUAACUUCCCCGAAAGAGUUCAUCGAACACCCGAAUCCGAUUGUCUCACAACUAGCCACGAAGUCGAACCAUUGGCACCACCGCUAGGUUUAGCUCCUCCAUCAUCACUUUCUGAUCAGUACGCACAGCCACAGCUUUUUGGCGGCGGAAGCAAUGGUUUAAACUAUGGUUUAUCAGGUGGUGAGUAUGGUGGAGCAGUCGGCACAAUGUUUACUUCAUACUCCACAACCCUAUCUUCAUCUUCAUCUUCCACGAUGUUAACAUCUCGACAGCAACCACAACAAGAGCAAUUGGAGUUCGGUGGCUCAUCUCCGAAAUCGGAUCCCGGUAAGAACAAGGGAGAGAAAUAUGAUUAUUACUAUUCAAGAAAACAGUACAAUUGA